CCUCCCCUUAAAGAUUGCAGGGGUGGAAUGCAGGUAUAAAGUGGAAAAGAAAGGGGGGGGGGGGUGUAAAAAGCUGGGAGCAGGAGAGGGCGAGAAGCUGGAACCUUGGCUUGCAGAUCACCAGUCUGCGUGGAUUUGCUGUCCCUCCCCCCACACACACACACAUCGCAGAGAAGCAGCCCGAUAGGCCUCUCCCCUCACUGCCGCCGGCUGCCACCACAUCUCUCGAGGUUUCCAAUGGUAUAACGGGGACAAGAUGAUGUGCGAAGUGAUGCCGACCAUUAACGAGGAUAACCGACGGGGCUCCCAGUACGGUUCGGACGACGCCAACUUCGAGCAGCUCAUGGUCAACAUGCUGAACGAGCGCGAACGGCUGUUAGAGAGCCUGCACGAGACCCAGGAGACUCUGGCCGGUGCCCAGCUGCGCCUUCGGGAGCUCGGACACGAGAAAGAGUCCCUGCAGCGACAGCUCAGCAUCGCCUUGCCGCAGGAAUUUGCAGUACUGACGAAGGAGCUGAAUCUGUGCCGGGAACAGCUUCUGGAGAGGGAGGAGGAGAUUGCAGAGCUCAAGGCCGAGAGGAACAACACCCGGCUGCUGCUGGAACAUUUGGAGUGUCUUGUCUCGCGCCACGAGCGUUCCCUCAGGAUGACGGUGGUGAAACGUCAAGCGCAGUCUCCCGCUGGCGUCUCCAGUGAGGUCGAAGUGCUCAAGGCCUUGAAGUCGCUCUUCGAACACCACAAAGCUUUGGAUGAAAAGGUACGGGAGAGACUGCGGGUGGCAUUGGAAAGAGUCUCGAUCCUGGAGGAAGAGCUUGAGACAACAGCCCAAGACAGGCUGAUGAAUGGAACGGCGCUGGCCGGAGACGGUGACUCCGAGUGCCACGACCUGAUCGAGAGGCAGAGCUCUGAGCUGCUGCAGAUGAAGGAGCGCCUGGCCGCGCUUUGCCGGAAGGCUGCUGAGGUUGAGGAGGAGCUGAGCACGGCGCGGAAAGACCUGAUCAAGUCGGAGGAGGUGAACUCCAAGCUACAGCGGGAUUUGAAAGAGGCCUUAGCACAAAGAGAGGACAUGGAAGAGAGGAUAACAACACUGGAGAAACGCUACCUCAGUGCACAACGUGAAGCUACAUCACUUCAUGAUGCCAACGAUAAGUUGGAGAAUGAGCUGGCCAGUAAGGAGUCCCUCCUCAAGCAGAGUGAGGAGAAGAACCGGCAGCUCCAGGAAUGGCUGGACUCCUCCAAACAGAAGCUGCAGCAGACGCUGAGGAAGGCGGAGACUCUCCCGGAGGUGGAGGCGGAGUUGGCGCAGCGAGUGGCCGCUCUGAACAAGGCAGAAGAAAGGCACGGGAACAUCGAGGAACGGCUGUGUCAGCUGGAAACCGAGCUGGAAGAGAAGAACCAGGAGCUGCAACGGGCUCGGCAGAGGGAGAAGAUGAAUGAUGAACAUAACAAGCGCCUGUCGGAAACAGUCGACAAGCUCCUUUCCGAAUCCAAUGAGCGGCUCCAACUCCAUCUGAAGGAGAGAAUGGCUGCGCUGGAAGAAAAGAAUGCACUAAGUCAGGAGCUUUCUAACAUCAAAAAGGUGCAGGAGGAGGUGCUGCUCAACAAGGAGCAGCUGAUAGCGGAGGUGGAGAGGAUGCAGACUGAGCUGGAGCAGCUGAGAGCAAAGACUGGGAUUCGUGACGCCUACUCGAGGUCACUCCCGGGGAGUGCGUCGGAGCUCCGAUACUCUCACAGCGCUGGCAUUCCCGUCGGCAGCCACAUGGACAUCUAUAGCACCACGGGGGUCCUCCGAAGGCCCCACAAGGGGCGUUGGGCAGCGCUGAAGGAUGAUCCCUCGAAGGUGCAGACGCUGAAUGAGCAGGAAUGGGAACGUGCCCAACAGGCUAACGUCCUCGCCAAUGUAGCCCAAGCCUUUGAAAGCGACGUGGACGGCUCGGACAUCGAGGAUGAUGACCGGGAGACGAUAUUCAGCUCGGCUGACGUCCUGUCCCCGAGUGGGCAGACAGACGUCCAGACGCUCGCCCUGAUGCUUCAGGAACAGCUGGAAGCCAUCAACAAGGAAAUCAGGAUGAUCCAGGAGGAGAAGGAGACGACCGAGCUGCGGGCAGAGGAGAUUGAGAGUCGGGUGGGCAGCGGGGCCCUGCCGGAGGGGCCACAGUCAGGCCGGCGCCGCUCAGCGCCGACGCUGCCGCACUCGGUCACCGCCUCGACGCUCGCCAGCCCCUCGCCCCCCAACAGCGGGCAUUCCACCCCCCGGCUGACGCCCCACAGCCCCGCCCGAGAUUCGGAUCGGCUCAGCGUCGGAAACCCGAACUCGCUGACCCGAGAGGACUCCCGCGAGGACAAGCCCACCAUCCAGUGUGAAACCUCCCCUCCCCCCACCCCCCGGGCUGUCCGACUGGAAAGGGUCACCCAGGCUCUGCAGGCCAGCGCUCUGGAUGACAACCGGGAAGCGCGCAGUUUGUCAGGUUUCCAGGAUGGCCUUGGCGGUAGCAGCAGCAGUAACAGCAGCCAGGACUCGCUGCACAAAGUCCCCAAGAAGAAGAGCAUCAAGUCGUCGAUUGGCCGCCUGUUUGGCAAGAAAGAAAAAGGCCGUCUCGGGCACGGAGUUAGGGAGCCGUCGUCACAAGCCGGAACGCCAGACACAGAGAUGUCCUCCCCAGACCCUCUGGGACUCUCGAAACUGGGAGGACCAGUGGACAAGGACAGGAGAAAUAAGAAAAAGCACGAGCUGCUGGAAGAGGCGUGUCGUCAGGGGCUUCCGUUUGCUUCCUGGGAUGGGCCCACGGUUGUAGCUUGGCUUGAGCUUUGGGUAGGGAUGCCCGCCUGGUAUGUGGCAGCUUGUCGUGCCAAUGUCAAGAGUGGAGCCAUCAUGUCAGCCUUGUCCGACACGGAGAUCCAGCGUGAGAUCGGGAUCAGCAACCCCCUGCACAGACUCAAGCUUCGUUUGGCCAUUCAGGAAAUGGUGUCACUGACCAGUCCCUCGGCACCGACUGUGUCUCGAAUGAACACGGGCAACGUGUGGGUAACACAUGAGGAGAUGGAAACCCUGACAGCAUCAACAAAGACGGAGGCCAAGGAGAUCAGCUGGGACCAGAUCUUGGCAUACGGAGAUAUGAACCACGAGUGGGUGGGGAAUGACUGGCUGCCCAGUCUCGGCCUUCCACAGUAUCGGAGUUACUUCAUGGAGUCGCUGGUCGAUGCCCGCAUGUUGGACCAUUUGACCAAGAAGGAACUUCGAGGCCAACUGAAGAUGGUAGACAGUUUUCACAGAAUCAGUCUCCACUAUGGCAUCAUGUGUUUGAAGAGGCUGAACUACAACAAGAAAGAGCUGGAGAGCAAACGAGAGGGGAGUCUCAUUCAGCUGAAGGAUGUGAUGGUGUGGACGAAUGAUCGAAUGAUGGGCUGGGUACAGGACAUUGGGCUAAAGGAGUACAGCAAUAACCUGCAGGAGAGCGGAGUCCACGGGGCUCUCAUCGCACUGGACGACACCUUCGAUCAUAAUGAUGUCGCUCUGCUCCUGCAGAUCCCAAUGCAAAACACACAGGCCCGUCAAAUACUGGAAAAUGAAUUCAAAAACCUGCUGCUUCAAGGGACCGACCGACGUCAGGAAGAGGAUGACGCCAAGAACUUCAGCCGAGCCCCCUCGUGGCGCAAGCGGUUCCGGGCGAAGGAGAUGCGUGACAUGACCUCGGACACGUCCGAAACCCUCCCAGCCAACUUCCGGGUGACCGCAGCAGCCAUCGCCUCACAGAGCGUGCAGCUACGGAAGGUGCAGCCGGACAGUAACCCCUCAGGGACUCCACGAGCUGAUACGCCUUCAAUCCGGACAUAUUCAUGCUAGCAUUACUCAACAAGUGUGAUCAACGAAUGCAGUUGGGUCCGAGUGGCGUCGAGAUAAGCGACUGCCGUGCGGUUAGUUGUGGCUGGGAGAAUCGAGGAGCCAGUUUGAAAAAAUAUAUAUAACAGGACUGACCCGACUGUUAAGAGCGAGAGACCCUCUCCCCACCACCACUUCACACACCUGAGGAGAGUGGGCGAGAGGCUGGAGAGACUCUUUCAUUCCCGUUGUGAUGCUGCCGUGUCUUUUUUCCUUUGUUUUCCUGUAACUCUGUGGGUUCCAAGACUGAGGUCGGGAACCACCGACGGUUAACCGGACAGAGCCAGUUCUGGCACAGGCCUGCGGUGACCCCUGCUCGACGUUUGAGGAGACGCAUCGUCCAGUUUUGGGUUCUGAACGCAAAUACUACGCUCAGCCUUCCCUCCCCCCCACCGUUUUCCUCCACCCAAUUCGUCGUUUUAGGUUUUUUUUUUGUGCAAGUUCCAAAAUUGUUUCUGCGCUGGAGAACGUUGCCUUUCAGAAGUUGGUCUUUCUUUUUAAAGAAAUCCCCUUCCUCCUCCUGCGCUUGCACUUGGCAUUCUUGUGCCCACUUCCCUCCCAGGUUCACCCGGUUACACCACAAAGCACAGAGCUCGUUGUCUGUUUGCCCGGGAAUUGAACUCUUUGCCUUCGAUCGACUGAGCUCAGGUGGGAUUCCCAGACCCAGUGUUUAAGCAACAGGCUCAGGGGCAUGAACAGACAACAGCUCGGAGAGAGAGAGAGAGAACUGUUUACAUUACGUUGCUGUACCUGUCCUGGGAGUGUUAGAUGGGGACAGUGUAGAGGGAGCUUUACUCUGUAUCUAACCCCGUGCUGUACCUGUCCUGGGAGUG